AUGGCGGCUCUCUGCUCCGCUUGCAAGGGUAUUACCCCGCAAGCCUUGGCUCAGCCUGAUGGAUAUCGCCAUAUCGAUAGUGCACACGACCUCAUUCACUUGGCCAAGGUAUGCGACUUUUGCAGGCUUAUACGCCUGGCUAUGGACCAGGAUUGCAGGACCCCAAAGUCAGACGAACAACUUCGCACGAACACGAAGCCUGAACCUCUGUACUUGUUUGGUGUCGGCGAUGGUUUGGAUACGGCAGAGGACGCCCCUGGAGACGGUGUGCAGCCUCCAAUGUUGUUCGGGAUCAAUGUGCAUAUCCCAGACAUUGAGUACGAUUAUGAUCUAGUGAAGAUGAGUCUAUUCUCGGAUCCUAAUAGCGCACCUGCCCGCAACCAAGACGUCAUCGGGACGAGGCUAUUGACGGACUCCGGCUCAAGCGAGGCAUUCGGGCUGGUACAGCGUUGGUACGACACUUGCAAAACCAAUCACAAGGAUUGCAACGAGGCAUUUACUGGGCCAGAGACUUCCUUGGCAAAGAGUGGCUCAAACAUUAUGCCACCACUGCCCACUAGGGUCCUUGACGUUGGCCCGGCUGAUGGAUCAGGGGAGCCGAAACUCCUGGUUACCAACGGAGUCCAUGCCUUCUAUGCCGCUCUAAGCCAUUGCUGGGGAAAGCAAAGAAUUCUGACAACUACAUCUCACAACCUAGCUCAGCAUUGUAACGUCAUCAAGUUCGCCAGUCUACCCAGGACCUUCCAAGAUGCCAUCAAGAUUGUACGGUUUCUCGGCUUCCGUUACCUCUGGAUUGAUAGUCUAUGCAUCGUGCAGGAUGACGCUGAUGACUGGCGCAAGGAGUCAGUUCAGAUGGGGCGCAUUUACAAAGAUGCCGAAAUAACUGUCGCCGCGUCCGGUGCCAGAGACGGCUCCGAGGGUUGCUUUGUUCCGCGUCCUCCACUGCAACCAGUCGUCCGUCUUCCCUACGGAGACCCGGAUCAAGGACAAUACAUGUCGGCAACUCUGUUUCCUGACGCGCUGGAUACCACGGUCAGCGAAACCCCGCUCGGGAGUCGGGCAUGGAUUACUCAAGAAUGGAUGCUAUCCCCUCGUGUUAUUCAUUUUACAAAAGCACGAAUGGUCUGGGCGUGUCGCACCUUGCUCAAAUGCGAGGAUGGUGAAAAUGAGACAUCGGGGGAUGAGCAGAGGCUCUUUGAAAGCGCCAGGCGAUAUCGGCAAGCUAAGGAAGCAAAACCAAAAAGCGACUCGUCAGUAGAUCACGAAGAGAUCUUAGGUUCUAUGCAGACUGCUCGUGCGGCGAAAAGUUGUAUUCGUGAACUGAAUCGCGUCAAGAUAAGUGGCUCCGCGUCCGCAUGGAGGUUUUCGGCCCGGUUGAAGAAGUGGGAGGCACGAAGAGAAGGAGAUCCAUCUACUCGAUCUGGGGAUGACUACUACUUCAUGGAAUUCUAUCCCAAAGGAUCCAUCACGUACGGCGGAUUCGUGACGCAGAAUACCAAGUUGUUUUCUGGAAGAGAUAUGACGCCUGGUGGGUGGAUGGUCUUUGACUUGAACGAGUGGCCGGCUGAGCCAUUCUACCUUGCUGAGAUUUCGAACAACGAAUUUAACGAAAAGCCUGACGGCUCCAACGUGAUGUUUCUGUCAGAAAUAGAGCCAGACCUCGGAGAUGGAUCAGAUAGACGGUUCAAGAGGCUUGGGGUCGGACAGGUCAUUGACCAAACGUGGUUCGAUCAUGCUGAACUUGUGACCAUCACGUUGAUCUGA